CGAACGAUAAACGUCUCCGUACCUAGAAACUAAUACAUACAAGCAUAGGUGUUUGCCGACAGCAAGUGAAAAUUGAUUUUUCUAAGAGCAGAAUUGGCGACAAAAACAAAAUAAAAAAAAAAACAAAACCACUUCAAAAUUAUGUCCGAUUCGCAUGGGCACUGUGACGCGUUUUUGCCCAUUAUUGGGAUUUUGUGUGUGGAUAUAGCCCAACCGUUGCAAAAUUUGCACGGCAAUGAAGUGCACAGCUAUUUGGCGGCGUCCUAUGUCAAAUAUCUGGAGACGGCAGGUGCCAAGGUGAUACCCAUUUGGAACAAUAGUCCUAGGGUAUAUUAUGAAGAAAUAAUGAAUAAAAUCAAUGGGAUUCUACUGCCUGGUGGUGCCAUAUAUUUCAAUAAAAAAUACUGCAAGAAGGAAUUGACCAACGAUAGUUAUUCAAGUGCCCAGCACAUAUAUGAUAUAGCUGUGCAGCUAAAUCGUAAAGGAAAAUAUUUUCCUUUAUGGGGCACCUGUUUGGGUUUUCAGUUGAUGUUGACACAUUCCGCAGGCGUGGAAGAUGUGAGACAAGAUUGUCAACCAAUGAACUGUUCCAGGGCAAUAAAAUUUGAAGAUGAAAAAGUUUUACAGCAAUCCAAAUUAUUUGCCAACAUCUCCCAGGAUAUGCGAGAAAAAAUGUCUCAACAACCCUUUGGGUUUCAUUUUCACAAAUAUUGUAUCACAAAACAGCGUUUGGAAAUGUUUAAAAUUGCUAAGCUAUGGCGUGUGCUGGCCACAAAUGAGGAUGAAAAUGGUUUGGAAUUCAUAUCCAUAGUGGAGCAUAAAGAAUUUCCCUUUUUUGGAGCUCAAUUCCAUCCCGAAAGAGUUAUGUUCGAGCACAUGGGUCCUCAGGAUCAUUGUCAUCAUUGUAUCAGUUGCUUUAAAUUAAAUCAAUAUUUUGCCAGGUUUUUUGUUGACCAAUGUUCGAAGAGUGACAACAGAUUUGCCAACUACGAUGAUGAAUUGAGACAUAGUAUCUACAAUUUUCCCAGCAUCUAUACGGCACCACUUAAAUUGCAUUGGCAACACUGUUUUCUUUUUAAAGCUGAUGUGGAUUAUAAAUCCAACUAAACUGGCUGAUAAAAACGAAGAAGAGUUUGUUUGAAGUGAAAUGAAAGCGGGUGAUAUUAGUUGUUCCUGAAGACCAAGAAAGUAUUUUGUAAAGAACACUGGAGGAAUGCGGAUAUAUUUUUAGAAAUAUUUACAAUUUUUGUAUUCAAUAAAAUGCCUUAUACCAAAAUUGAUGUUAGCCAUAAGUAUGACCAGCUUUAGUUAUUUUAAUGUGGAUAUUAUCUUGAAUUGAUUAUAAAUAAAAUUUUCGUGAUUUUCCGAACAUA